AUCGAGUAAAUACGAUGAAGGAAAAACUAAAAUUAUCUGUGUUUUAACAUUUUCAACGAGAUAAUGGUGUUCUAGGGCAGGCAUUGGUAAAAUAUCCCUAAUUCACCCUCAGUCUGCAUUUUAUACCCCCAGUCUGCAUUUUAUACCCCCAGUCUGCAUUUUGUGCCCAGUCCGGUCUGCAGUCUGCAGAUUAUACUGACCAUAUUGUACAGUAAUGAGUGGCAAGCUUGUAUGGCAACUGAUCAUGGUAUUCUAAUAGACCUGCAAUGCAGACAUUAAAAACCGUAGCAUGACCUGUUGCUAAGCUAGCUUCACCACUAACAGUAUUAUAAUUAUAGAUACAAAAGCAAAAAUUAUAAGCAUUGAAGGUAUUCAUAUAAAAACAGCCAUGCCAAGAAAGUAGAAUUAGAAUAUUUAGCUGACCUUUGCAUUUGUGCAAGGUGUUUGGUAUUCAAAUUGCACUUUUCCUACCUCCUGAACAGGCAUCUUAGGGUAGGGGCUGUUUACAUGACGGAAGGUGGGAUGAUUUUGAUGUAUUGAAAUAAGUCAACAGGCUAAACAAAGUUCAAAUGCUGGUUAACAGAACUCAAAUGCAAGAAAAGCAGUAAUCGAGCUUCAAAAAUUAAUAUUUUUGGGAGAGGACCUUCAGGCAUUGAAAGGUCAUUGCAACUUACGACUUCUACAGUUCAAGUGAUUUUUUAACAGUAAAAUUCGAAUAAUUCAGUAAAAUCCUUUGACCACCCCCUCCCCUCCCCUCCCCUCCAGAUUCUCCACAGUAUUCCUAUAUUUUUUAAUGGAACCCUGACUACAUUUUUUCAGCAUUUUUACAGACUUAGUAUUCACUGUUCAUCAACAAAAACCGAAUUGAUUGUGAAAUAAAUAAUGGAAAUGAAUAAUGAAAUAGUUCCCGCCAAUCUCGGCUCCCUAAACUCGGAAUAAUAGUGCUUGGUCUAUUGUUCGGUAGGCGAAAUUUCGCAAGUGGUCCACGAGAGUGGUCCACAGGAGUGGUCCGUGGUCCACAAGUGUAGUCCAUGGACCAGGUCCACGAAGGUAGUCCAUGGACCGGGAGUCCGCGUUUUGUGGUUUCCCAUGGUUCCGGUUUAAUAUCGUGAAAAAAUUAAGGUCGGUAGGUCGGAAAUAAUUUUUUUUUAAAUAUUUUUUUCAUGGUUUUGGCGUUUUUUUGCUGGGCGAUUUGCAGUAAAGUGCCAACAUCAAUAUUAACUAGAGAUGCAUAUUUCCUAUGGACAAAUUUAGGCAAUUUCGUUCAAUAAUUAGUGUGACAACAGACGUCAUUUUGGCACGCUGUAUGAGCAGCCCGAAACCACCUGGAGAAAAUAGGGUCGCACGGUUAAUCGCGUUGAAAAAAUAAUAGGGUCGGCAGAAAAAAAAUAGGGUCAGUCGGGAACCGGAACCACAGGUAUUUUUUUACGCCUAAGAACAGCCCCUUCAGCAAAUGUGCAUGCUGCCUUUGAUUCCUUGGGGGUGAGGCAGUACUUUCCUUGCGAUAGUAACUUCUAGUAAUAGUUUACCUAGACCUAUAUUCUGACAAAGUUGGAAGAUUUUGAAUUUUUUCAUUUUGCAUACCUUCAGUCGAUAUUUACAGACGGCAGCUCUUAAGUACCAUGAUGGACCUAAUAUUCCAUUUUAUAAAGCUGAUGGUUCCGUUUGGGACAUUGACGAUUUCAACCCAUGGGUGCAGAUCAGGACAUUAUUUGAAAGUGGUCAACUGAAUUCAGCUGAUACAAACACAGUAAAAGAAGCAUCGAAGAAACUAAUCAUUGGAGAGGACCUUGUUUGCAAGAGAGUUGAACACCUAGAGUAUCUGAAGCUAAAAAAGACAAAGCGAGCAGAGGGCAGAGAAGAGCAGGAGAGAGGUGGACAAUCUCAAAACGUAUAAAGAUUAUGACUGGAUAAAUUUUUAUCGGACAAAUUCUGGACAAAUACAUAGGUCAUUUCAAACUGGAAAAGUCUGAUUGGUGUCGGAAAAGUUCAACCUAGUUGAACGUCAUAUUGAGCGCACCCUGUUCGAGAAAGACCAUGCAGAACUAUUAAGAACACCAGAUGCUGUUACUGAGGGAAUUAAGUAACAGCGAGGAAAGUACUUCAUCUGUAAUGCAUUAAGAAAGAUUCUUUCAUAAUAAAACAGAAGGCCGCAAAAUAGCACUGAAAAAUGGCCGUUUUUGACAUCAUCUGGGCUUGCAAAUGUCCCGUUCAAUGCGGAAAAAUGGCCAUUAAUUACGAUAUGUUUUCCAACAAGAAGCUUAAAGCCGCCAUAUUUACUUUAGCUUAGCAGCCAAGCCUUUUAAUUCGCUUAUUUCCACUGAUUACAAAGUUAGCAUACUUUUUUACAAGCCAAAUAGCGCCAAAUAUUCAAAUUAAUAGCUUGUUUUUCUCGUCUUCUCGAAGAAAAUGUGUGAUAUUUUGCUGGAUUUCGAAAGGAAUUCCCUGGAAUUUCAAUUGAAAGUGACAGAAUCUCCUCUCUGUUAUGUUAGACAGCAGUGCGUUGCAGCUUCUCAAAUAGCUCUGGCAAUAUACAUCCCGUAUCCAAUUUUACUGAAAUGGCAUACCCUUGUUGGAAUGAAAGAUAACCAGUGGCGAAGCCAGCCAAAAAUUGUUGGUCAUGCUUCGAGCGGCGAAUGCGCAAGGCUUUCUAGGGUGGUCUGGGGGGGGCAUGCCCCCUCCCAUUAGAACCCCGGAAAUGCCAUUUCCUGCGAUUUGAGCAUUGAAUUCUAAGCUCCAAUAUGACCUUAAGAAGGGGCAAAACUUCGCAAAUUUACCGUAUUUUAGCCAAAAAUGACCAACAACCAAAUUUUGCAUAUUCUAAAACUUCAUUUGAAUUCGAAAGCGUAAAAAGAGGCGGAAAAACUCAUUCAUUAAAAGACACAUUUUAUCCCCAUCCAUUCUGCAUUUUAUCCCCAUAUCCGUUCCAUGGAUUCGCUUCAUCCGCUUCCGCAUUUUAACCUAGGUGCGACAUGUUUCACAAUAACAAGUCUCAUUGACCUUUGAUUUAUUACAAAUGUUCGCAUGUAUUCAAUAAAUUAUGUCACUUUAGAUUUCAAUAUUUUCAGUUAUAUAGCAGUGUUUAUAGCAAUUUUGACAAGCUUUGAUACAGUCUGAUAGAGUUGCACUGAACAUAAGUUUGCGCUGUUGGCGUUGUGACAGUGCUAGACAUGUAAACAAGGUCUGUGACAGUGCGCGUAAAUCUGUGGUGUAGCACCUUAUACAGUCGAUGUAGUCAUCUACUAGUCAAUGUAUAAUGAAUAUACGGUCUAAAUAAUGUCGGUAACACAUAACAUCAAUUUAUAUAUUGCAUAGAAUCUCAAAGAUUUUCUCAAUAUUCAUGUUUGAAAUGUUUAUAUAUUUGAAAACAACACUGUCUCACUCCAUCCAUCCUAGCUCUGUACUUGAUUGAAUGCCCAUAAUGUAUAACAUCAAUCUACUGUAUAUAUUGCGUAGAUUCUCAAAGAUUUGCUACUGGAACUAAAAGACCUUUGUAAGAGAAUAACAUCUUGGGUACUUUCACACAUGCUUGGUUGAAUCGGAUUAAUUUGCAUAUUCAUAAAUCUAUUUUGCCACCGAGAGAUGAAUAAUUUGAAGAAUAUUCGAAGGUUUAUCAUGCGCCGAAGCUCGAGCAGGAGUAAAAGGCAUAUUUUUGCGUGUUUCACAUUCUUGAGAGCUGUUUUAGCCAAUGAAAUGCGUUAGAAUUUUACGUUUGUCAUGCUCGCCUGAGUUGAGCAGGACUAAACUUCGGGCAAGCCACCCAUUUUUCCUGCUUUUGCCUGCAUGCAGGCAAAGGCUCGAUAUUCAUUCAAAAUAAGUUAAAUAACGUUAGUUACAUAAUGAAUUUCUCUGUUUAAGAAUUUCUGCGCAACGUGCUGGAGUUAAAAAAAUGUUAGAACAUAUGUCAAGCUGGAUAAAAGUGUUUUCUUUUAAAAAUUAUAUGUGUAAAAAAUUCAUUAUCUGAAAUUUUGUAUGUCAUGCUCAGCAGGACAUCUGGCUUCGCCACUGAAGAAAACAAAGGCAAAGGAAAGAAGUUAGACUACAUCGACCUUCUCAAUUUUUGGAUUCCUGGUCAAUGGUUUUAAGAUUGUAGGAAGAACGGAUUAAGAACACUGGGGAGAAAGUUAGUGGAAGUAAGAGAAAAGAGGCAGAAACAAAAGGGCUAAACUUAAGCAUUUUUAAAAGUGAACUUGUGUUACCUCAUGAAAUAGAAAAAAAUCUGUCUGCUGCAGAACAAGAAGUGGCUGAAUGGAAAUCGAAGUACAAGAAUCUGGAGAGUGAGCAAGGGAAAUGA